AUUCACGAUUCGCGUCGUCAUAGUAAGACUUUUCACAGUCCCGCAGGCUGCAAUCACGGGCGAUGACAAUUACAAUAAUUCAAGCAAUAGCCUAGAUCCCUCCAUACAACACCCUCAAUUCGACAGUCGAAGCCCUUGCUAUGCUAGAACCCCAAUGUUGAUCGAAUCCAUCUGCGCCAAUGUCUGCGCCGUCCACCCGCGGUCAACGCGGUGGCAGCUCGACGAGAGGCGGUCGAGGGUCCCAAUCAUUCACCCCUCGCGGUCGCGGUAGCACCCGUGGUCAACCCAAGCCACUACAAGCAGGAAGGGGGAGAGGUCGAGGUGCGGCGAGUGCCAACACUUCCUCCAACAGUGGUGAUGGAUUACUGCAACGAUUGAGGGCGGGGACUGUCAAAAGAGGCUCUGACAAUGGCGGAACAACUCCAAUAAGAGGUCGCGGAGCUUCUACCACACCAUCGUCGACACCCAACACCCGGGGACGGGGUCGUGGACGUGGAUUUCUGUCGCAAACCUUCAAUGCACCAAACUCUCCAGCAUCCACACCUCCAGUAUCACGGACUGCUUCUCCUGCACCCACCAACCAUCGCGACUUUAUGAAUGCUGCCUAUGCAAGAUUUCAAGAGCUCAAGACGAAGCGAGAAACCGAGCGCGCAAAAGCCAUUCGUGAUGGCUUCCUUGCGGAUCCCGAGAAGAAGACAAGCCUGGACAAAGCAAUUACACCAGUGGGCACAUGCACCGAGAUGUGUCCUGAGUUUGAAAGAGUAGAGCGUACUGUUCAAAAUAUGGUUGACAAAGCUGAGAAGGUGCAUAAUCAAGAUACUGGAAAGGAUAUCCCUUCGGAGGAACGUAUGGUCAAGCGAUUUCGACGUUCCGCUGCAGGAUAUGACGAACAAUUACCCUCGGAUAUUAGAACCCCUGCGACACUCCGGAAGACGUUAGACUAUCUCCUCGACAAGGUGGUUGGUGGCGAGGAACGACUUGCACCCAUCCAUAAAUUCGUCUGGGAUCGGACUCGAGGUAUUCGCAAUGACUUUUCGAUUCAGCAGGUGACGAAUAUCGAAGAUGUCAAGAUUGCAGUCGACUGUUACGAACGGAUUGCCAGAUUUCACAUCCUGUCGCUACAUCAGCUGUCAAAUCCCGACAACCUCUGGGACGGAGAGAAUUUCGAUGCGCAUCAAGAGCGUGAACAGCUCAACAAUACUCUCCUUUCGCUGUUGUAUUACUACGACGACAAUCGCUCACGCAUCGAGUUCACUAAUGAAGCAGAGUUCCGAGCAUACUGUAUCAUAUUUGAGUUCCAGUCACAGCAUCCGGAUUUGGAAGAUCGCAUUCAAGCGUGGCCCGCCAACCUCCUCAAGGAUAAACGAGUACAGACCGCUAUCAAGCUCUAUCAAAAUGCAGGUAACUCUUUGUUCGACCAAGGACCUCUUCGACCCAUGGAACCCUUUCCGAUCGCCCAGAGCAACACUGGUGGCUUUUGGCAUCUUCUAUCGUCGAAGGCCGUACCUUACAUCAUGGCGUGUGUGGCAGAGAUCUAUUUCGCACAUGUUCGAUUCGCGGCCUUGGAUGCUUUGUGGCGCUCGUGCAAAAGCGCUCCGGCAGCUCAACAAGCAAAGUCUCGAGAUUGGAGUCUCGCUGAGGUCACGGCAUUCCUCGGUUUCGACGCUGACGAAGAGACGACGGAUUUCUGUGCGGCUUUCGAACUGUACUUCGGGACAGAUGAACAUGGCGAGGAAUAUCUUGAUGUGACUUCCAACGCUUCCCAUUCCCUCGAUCAAUCCUCCAUACCCAACAAGCAAACCUUUUCUCACAGCUUUGUUGAGAAAAAACGCUAUCACCGAACCCUAACCGCCGUUAUCAACGGCAUUUCAGUUGGCGAAGCGAUUCGCCAGGGAUUGAUCGAAGUGCCGGAGGACGAGGCGGACGACGAGCAAAACGAAGUGAGAGACGACGACCAGAGCAUGUUUGUGCCUCAGGAUCAGCCCCAAGCUACAACCUUUGGUACCUCUUUGAACCCUGAAGCCUCAACCUUCACUCCGAAGUUUGGACAGAGCAUUGCCACCUCGAAAACGAUAGAAUCGUCUGCCUUUGGACAACCAACCUCCACAUCCACAUUUGGGAAACCAUCGACCGGGUUUGCUAGUUCAGGCUUUGGUGGCUUUGGGUCUUCACCUGUUCCGGUAGACUCGCCCUUUGGCAAGCCUUCCCCUGCUCCCCGGCCCCCAACGCAGCAGAAUCGUGGCCCCUCUAGUUUCGGGGGCUUCACAACUUCUGUUGAGGCUGCUGCAGAUAAGGGAAAGGAUGCUAUUCCUGAAAAUUCUACUCCAUCGAUCGCCGCCGAACAGAAGUCUGUGUUCGGUAGUCUUGGCGGCUUAGGGAUGGGGAAGGCUGCUGCGUUAACACAAACUUCGUCUCCAUCUCCCUCGAUAUCGACGACGACAGUCUCGGGUGUCCCCCCGAUCUUUGGACAAAAUGCCCCUUCCCAGGCAGGCUUCAGUUUUACAAAACCAGCUGAAGUUUCAACGACCAAACCUGGAGACUCACAACCGCCAAUAUCCUUCACAAACUUCUCACAACCACCUUCAGACCCCUCAAAACCAAAAUCAAAAGAGGAUACGCCUCAACCACAGGCCGGGAACAACACCCCUUCAUCCUUAGCCUCACCGGCUCCAUUGUUCGGAUUCCAACAACAACCAGUUUCACAACCUCCAUCCACAAAGCCGGAGACAUUAUUACCGCCCUCUACUCCUGGGUUCUCUUUCCAAUCUGCUCCGAAACCAACCCCGUCGCCCGCCCCACCCUUGUUUGGCACGCAACCUACAACAGCAUCUAAGGAGUUGUCCAAACCGCCAUCCGAUGCGUUCAAAUUUCCUCCUAUUCAAGCGCCAACGACUUCAUCACCAAACCAAAGUUCUACUCCGCCUCCCAGUAUCCCAUCUCAGCGGCCAGCUUCUGUAGCAUCACAGCCAGAAAUACGACCUCAGCGAAGCACCACUCCACCUCACUCCCCCCCUCAAUUACUUCCUCAACCACCUUCCCUCGAGAUCGAGCGCGAACGACUUGCGCAUGAAGUGUCCAGAAUUGCGCUGUUGCGCCAAGACGGGCUGAUCAGAAAAUACAUUGAAUAUACUAUCCCCGAUCUCGUCAAGACAGCAUUCAAUCAACAUCGGCUUGAGAUCCAUGACGCAGCUGUUGCUUCCAUCCGUGAACGUAUCCUACAACGAAAGUUUGGCCUGCUUUGGCGUUCACAAGCCUGGAAAAACAAUCUUAGUCGACGUGCUAGGAACCGAAGGAAACUUAUUGCCGCAACAAUGAAGGCUGAAGAGGCCAAGAAAAAGAGAGGUGAGGAAGAAUUGGAAGAGAUUCUACAAGCCGCUCAGGAAACAAAGCGUCUUCAGCAAGAAGUCCGGGAGGCAGCUGAGGCAAAGAAACUGAAAGAAAAGCAAGACCAAUUUGCCAUCAGCCAAAUCGUCGGGCGGAAGAGAAAGAUUUUCUCUGGACAGAAGCCUAAAGAUUACAGGCUUUCGGUGGAAUCUACUCACUCUUCAUCAUUUGGGCAUAAGCGAUCGAAGACGAUGAGCACUUCUUCAGAACCAUCAUCAUCUUCUGUACUCGGUGGUCGGCCUCCUGUACCUGCCUUUCAUGCGUCGACGACCCGCCCCACCCGUGUGUCUAUAUUCUCCGGCAAGUCUGUGUUCGGUCGGUCUACAAGCAUCGAGGACUUGCGGAGAUCUAGUAUUGAACAAAAAAUGGACAACACGCAUACCGACUACUUCCGGUUCAAAGCAAUGGGUUUGGAUCCCGAGACCCCAAUCAUCCCCGACACGAAAGAGACGCUUGCCAUUCGAAGACGAAAAGAAGAGGAAGAACGACAAAGUGUCUUGACAAGAGCAAGAAGACGGCCGUUCGUGCCAUCCUCCACUCAAAGUUCACCUCCAGCAACAUCCCCCUUACCUGUUCCUGCACCUAUCGUGACGAGCCCUUUGAUGCCAAAGCCACCUGCACCGAUAGUGGGUUCUAACAAGCCUGUUGUGGAGGACGACUUCCUGAAACAGAUUCGUGAGGCUCGAGAAGCAAUGAAAGAGCAGGAAGACUGGUUCAAGCAGCAAGCUGUGGAACUUGAGAAGGAAAUGGAGCAGCAAGAAGAUUUCAAAAAAUCCCAAAACAGUCUUCGGGAGAGCGUUACCUCUGCGAAUGGGCUCACCAGAGUCAACGGAUACGAGUAUCUUCCUAGUCAGAGUAAACUCGGCUCCAGCUUGUCCCGCACAGAAUUGAGGAUCCGACAGACCGGUGCUCAUGGGCUCGCCACAAAGCCACUGCGGGUUAGCGGCGAGUAUGUACCCGUCGCCAUGUCAAAGAAGAGUGCUCAGCAGUAUUAUGGUGGUGAGAGCCAAGCGAGCAGCCCUGCACGAAAAAGAUACCACGAGGAUAUUGAGUUCAAUAACCAUCUCGAACCGACAUUCGUCGACAACAGUCAGGACUACCAUCUCCGUGAGGCUGGAUACGCAGUAAAACGACCGAAGUCUGGAGCUCAGUCGAUUCCUCAGCAAAGCUUGCAGGCCAUUCAAAAAAGCCCUGCUAAAGUGAUACAAGCAAAUACAUUUUCCUUGCUUCAAGAAGCUGAGCAGGACGAAAACGAGCCCCUUGAAGACGAGGAUGAGAGUCUUGAAGAGGAAGAAGAUGAGCUCUAUGAUGAGGAUGGCCCUGAUGGUCGAUAUUACUCUGGAGAUUACGGCAAUGCGGAGGAAGAGCUUGAAGAAGAUGAAGACGGAGACGAGCAUGAGAGAGAAGGUUAUGAAGAUGAAGUCGAAGAUGAAGAGGAAUCCGGCGAGGACGAAGACGAGAGUGACGACGUCGGAUAUGGGGGAACACCGUUCUCGAACCCGGAAUUGAGUCGAGCAGCCAGCAGUGCUCCUGGUGGAAGUGCUGACGAUGCUUUGGUGUUGAGUGAUAGUGACUGAAACUUUCGGGCGGUUCAUGCUCAAUCACACACAAACUAUUGAGAUGCAGUCGAGAACAUUCUUGCUGCCAAUCUAUCAAAAAACUAUUGGUCCAAUACCAACCCUACUGGACUUGAUACUGUGCUCUGAAUUGCAAGAUGAAGCGAAACGUUGGAAAGGAGUUCGAUUUUGACGUCUAUAUAAUGAGGCUAAAGAGCUACUAUGCUGGGUCUAUAUUACCAACAGGAGAGUGAGAAUGCUGGUCUGCCUGAGAAUACGAAGCAUUCAUCCAUUCACUCGCUGUCUGGGUGCCUGAGGC